UCGUGCAUUGCUAUAGAGUAAAGAAAUCAUCUGAUAAAAAUUUAGGCAUAUUGUAUUUGAGGAAAGAUAUUUAGUCUUGGUUAUUAACUAGUAUGGAGCACGUUGUUGCCUUCUUGAAAGACUUUAUUCGACUAUGCAAGAACAUGCCUAAAAUAAAUUUUACUUCGCUGGGUAACAUUGUCUUCAUUUAUCUGUCUCUCCGUUUCUUUUUGGACGGCGUAGAGGAAUAUCUGAUCCAACCAACUGCUUGGUAUUACAUGAAGUAUCUCAAAGAGUCCAAUAUGUUUCUUGGGCUAACUCUAGCGUCUUAUUCUGCGGCGACUUUGGUUUUCAGUCCAUUUAUCGGAGCCCUAAAUGUAAGACUUCAAAAUUCAAGCAAACUAAUCAUAGUGAUGGGUGGAGUAGUAAAGUUAUUAGGAAAUAUGUUGUAUUCAAUCCCGAUCAAUGGAUACUUUCCUAUGUUUGGAAGAUUUUUGAGCGGCAUGGGUGCCAGUACAGUAUCUGUCCUGUUUGGAGUAAUUACAAAAGGUACUUCAAACGAAAAUCGUGCUCAGGCGUUUCUAUAUUUUCAAGCACUGUUUUUUGCCGGUCAAGUACUCGGGCCAACACUUGGCAGCAUUCUCACAUUCAACGUCGAUAUAUUUGGUUGGCAAAUAAACGCAGGAAAUUCACCAGGAGUACUUAUGACGAUUUUUUGGUGUUUCUUGCUUACCUUUACGAUAUUCCUACCAAGUAAUGUUAUUGAAAAUAUAGAGGAAAAACAAAGCAAUGAAAGUGUUGGUGAAAUUACUGAUACAUUCAAGUCUUCCUCAGGAACAAACGAUAUUAUUCGCCCACCAUCAAUCGUAUUUUCUUUAUUUUAUUUUACCUUCGUACUUGUUAUUUUUUACUCGGUAGUUGGGCUAUAUGUUCCGUUAUUGGCAGCGCACCGUCUUGGAUUGGGUCUUCUUCACGUGAAGCUGAUUUUUAUCAAUGGCACGUUGUUUGUCUUCAUUUUGUUUGUUUUAACUCCUCUCUUCUUGAGAAUAAUCUCCGAGAAAAAUUUACUAAUUCUUGGAAAAGUUUUUUUGAUGUUCCCAAUCUUCGUUUUACUUUAUUUUUCUGUCUCUUGGAACACAACCUUGUCAGUAAAUGCAGCCUAUCUCUUGCUUCUUACAAUGUUUAUUUUGGAAGCAAAUGCUGUAAACUUUUCCCUGAUUUGCUCAAUACUAACAAAAUUAACUCCAGUGAGUAGCGCCUCGUUUUAUCAAGGUAUAAAUUUUGCUGUUUUGCAUUUUGGUAUUCUGGUCGGUCGUCUAAUAGCAGGAGCAACAUUUGCCAAAUUGCCAAUGAUGUACACUGGCUUUGGUCUUACAGUUUGCUGGUUAUUUUCAAUGCUGUGGUUAAGCAUUGAAUACAAGAACUUCCCUCGUGAUAUUGAACAUCAGCAAUGAGUGAUAUUGAGAUAAAUAUUCCACAAGUAUGUAGAAAAGACAAAGCUAAUGGAGAUGAAAAUGACACGUAAAAUGAUUCACAGUUUAUACUUAAAAUUAAAGCAAAGGAAAUC